UCUAGGCAGGAGGAGGAAGGGGACAUAAAGGGAGGAAGGAAAAGGGGGUAAGGAGGAAAAAGACAAGACAAGGGAACCCAGUUUAAGAGGAGAAGAUGGCUGAGCCUGAGCUGAAAUCACGGAGCAGUCGGGAGAGCGUUGCCAAGGCGGUGAGCCAGGAGAAGAUGGGGGCAGCUGAAGCAGACCCAGAUCAAGAUGGUCUCAUCGUGGAGCAGCCAACGUCUCCGACCACCCCCAUGGUCUCUGCCGCCACUGCCACCAGCCCCACAGAGAACUCCCCUGCCAAAGGGGAGAAGAUUGAACUGAAACGCAGCAUCACCCUCUUCAAUGGUGUGGGGAUGAUAAUAGGCACCAUCAUCGGCUCUGGCAUUUUCGUCACUCCGACAGGUGUGGUCAAAGAGACUGGCUCGGCUGGGCUCUCACUCAUUGUCUGGUCUGUCUGCGGAGUGAUCUCCACCAUGGGUGCCCUCUGCUACGCCGAGCUGGGCACAACCAUCACAAAGUCAGGGGGUGACUACACCUACAUCCUGGAGGUGUAUGGAGAACUGGCGGCCUUUCUGAAGCUGUGGGUAGAGAUGCUGAUAAUCCGGCCUUCAUCCCAGUAUGUGGUGUCUCUGGUGUUUGCUACGUACUUGCUGAAACCUCUGUACCCAAACUGUGCUGUGCCGGACAGUGCUGCCAAGCUCAUUGCCUGCCUGUGUCUUACCUCUCUGACAUUUGUAAACUGUAUCAGUGUGAGAGCAGCCACCAAAGUCCAGGACUUGUUCACAGCUUCUAAAUUGCUAGCCCUGGUCAUCAUCAUCCUCUUUGGCUUCAUCCAGAUAUUUACAGGUGAUGUGCCGUACCUUACACCUGAAAAGUCUUUUGAAGGCAGCAAAAUGGGAGUUGACAACAUUGUGUUGGCUCUUUACAGUGGUCUUUUUGCUUUUGGAGGCUGGAAUUACCUGAAUUACGUAACAGAGGAGAUGAUCAAUCCAGAGAGGAACCUUCCCUUGUCCAUCAUCAUAUCCAUGCCUAUAGUGACGGUUGUGUACGUUCUGACCAACCUGGCCUACUUCACCACCAUCCCUCCUCAAGUCAUGGUGGAGUCCGAGGCUGUUGCUGUGAGCUUUGGAGAAUAUCACCUUGGUGUGAUGUCCUGGCUUAUUCCUGUCUUUGUGGGAUUGUCCUGUUUUGGAGCUGUCAAUGGGUCCUUGUUUACCUCUGCAAGGUUGUUCUAUGCUGGAGCUCGAGAAGGUCAGCUCCCUGCUGCACUGGGAUUGGUCCACACUGACCUCUUCACACCAGUGCCAUCCCUCAUCUUCACAUGUAUUUUGUCCAUGCUGUAUGCCAUCUCUCAGGACAUCUUCUCUGUCAUCAACCUCUUUAGCUUCUUCACCUGGCUCUGCGUGGGUAUGGCCAUUGCGGGCAUGCUAUGGCUGCGCUUUACCAAACCCGACCUCAGACGGCCCAUUAAGGUGUGUCUCUUCAUCCCCAUAACUUUUGUUCUGGGCUGUGUCUUCAUGAUUGCUGUGUCCUUCUGGGCAGCUCCGUUUGAGAGCCUGAUCGGCUGCAGCAUUAUUCUCACGGGCAUCCCAGCGUACCUCCUGGGCUACAAGUGGAAGAAACCUCAUGUGGUCAAGAAGAUGCUGGAAAUCUUCACCAUGUUCUGUCAGAAGAUCUUCAUGUCUGUUCCUGAGGAGAGGGAGCGGCAUGAAGCGGCUGAGUAACUCCUGCAGCUUGAAUAGGGCAAAAGACUGAGUCCAUAUUUAUGUCUGAACAUUCUUGACAUGUUUACAUUCAUUCCCUUGUCAUUUGGCAACACUUGUUUCAUGAAGUCCAUUUUUUUCCAGGUUGCACCUUAAAGAAAGUGAGCCUGGCAAUCCUGGUAAAGAGGGUUUGACAUGAAUGUAUGCUAUAGAUUACAAAGUAUGAUAGCAUAUAUGAACACUAGAAACAUUUUAAAUUUGAAAUAAUAUUACCAAGGAAAGUUUUUCUUUUUUACAUUUUCAGCUGCUUUAUUCCAAACUUAAUUUGACUAUUAUAACUCCUCAAAUACUAGCACAUGCGUCUGUGUGCAUGCAUGAAAGUCAGUGGACAGUCAAAUAGCAUCAGAAGCUGCAUACAACGCACUCUAGUGGCCUAUUGUUCACCUAAAGUGUACAAAUGAAUAGUUUAGUGACACAAAAUCUUUGAAUUUUUGUACAAAUAACAGACACUAACAACCAAGUAAUACAUAGUUUAUUGUAGUUUUAGUUUCAGCAAAAUGCUUUUGAAUUUUACUUUCAGCUUUAAAGAUAGAUGGAGACAAAAGAGACCUCAUUAAAGAAACAAUCUUUAAAAUGUUUUCCAUAAAAAGAUUAAGGUUGGAGGGAUUAGCUUUCUAGCCUAGUUUACAUCCUACUCAUACAGUACUAAUACCUAUGUUUUUUUUAGUUUUGUGUUUUUAUUUACUUGUAAAAUGAUCCCACAUCACAGUCGUGAAGCACAACCUAAAGUGAGAUAAAACCAUAUAUGUAGUGAUUCUUUUUGCUGUGAAUCUGCUCUGCUUUCUGUAUCAACUUUUUCUGUAUCAAAACACAUUAUUGUCUUGCUCCAUAUGUGAUGAUAUUUGAUGAAAAAAACAGAGUGGAUACCAGCUCCUGUUUGUGAGGCAUUAUCAUAGGAAAAUGAAGUGUUGUACAGAUGUCAUUCUGAUUGUAUUUAGUAAUUUUGCUUUAGUUUUUUAGUGUUUUGCAUUGUUUGUAUAGUCUAUGACAGACAUGUCAGUGCUGAUGUUCAAGUUUUAUGGUUUUAUUGUCACUAUAAGACCAGAAUGAAUGUUGCAAAUUAU